GGGAGAGUUGUGAAGAUGGCGGCAGUGGUGGAGGUGGAGGUUGGAGGAGGUGCUGGCGGGGAACGGGAGCUAGAUGAGGUUGAUAUGUCAGACCUCUCCCCAGAGGAGCAGUGGAGGGUUGAGCACGCACGCAUGCAUGCCAAGCACCGUGGCCAUGAAGCCAUGCACGCUGAAAUGGUCCUCAUCCUCAUCGCUACUUUGGUGGUGGCCCAGCUGCUCCUGGUGCAGUGGAAACAGAGGCACCCCCGCUCCUACAAUGUCACAUUGCACUGAAGGACCACAUGACACCAAGACUUUUUGAACUGGAGACCAUCCAACAGGCUAAGCCAUCUGAGAUGGGGCUUCACGUCUGGACCCUGGUCAUGCUUUGCCCUGUUAUCUGAGAUAAGUCACUUGUUUGUCAGUGUGUGAUUAUAAUGUGUACUCUAUAGAAUGGGGAUUACCAAGAUGAUUGAAUUGAGCCUGAAAAAUAAGAGCACCCAUAAACCAAGUGUAGAAUGAGAGCCCCACUGGCAUUUCUGUGCUGGUAUUUAGAGAUAAUCUUAAUUAUAUAAUGUUGGCUAAUCUGCAAAGAUUUUUAAAAACCUGUAUCUAUAGGAAGUGAGGAUUCAUGUAUGUACUAUAGUGGUUUUCAAUAAGUACUUUUUAAAAAAACUGUGGAAUCCUUUCUUCAAAUAAUAUCUUCAGGAAAGGGCG